UGGAGUUCGCCAUUUUCGUUGGUUGGAGCCACUGCUUCUUGCCCGUGUGCCCAGGAAAAGUGUAAAAUUAUUUGGUUUCGUAUAAAAAAUGCAAGUUUCACAUCCGUAGAAGAAUGGAUAGAUAACGUGGUUCGAUAUUAUUCUCGUCACUUCGCUAAACUGUGCGUCAUUAUGGCGUAAUAAGAAGUUUAGUGUUGUGUGUUAAUGUUGCUCAUUUUCGUCUGCUGCCACCAGCUGCUUGGUGCUACGAAAAAAAUCAACUCCCUGGGAAAUUAGCCAUCCACUUCUACGCUUAUUGGUUUAAACGACGCAAUUUCUAAGAUGAGCUCCAGAAACAUACCAGCGGACAAGAUCAACUUGCGGCUCAUACUGGUCAGCGGCAAGACGAAGGAGUUCCUGUUCAGCCCGAGCGACUCGGCCGGCGACAUCGCGCAGACCGUCUUCGACAACUGGCCGGAAGAUUGGGCAGAAGAAGCAGUGGCCAAGGCAGAAAUUCUUAGACUAAUAUACCAGGGACGGUUCCUGCACAGUAACGUGACACUUGGAGCUCUAGGUCUGCCGUUUGGCAAGACGACAGUAAUGCAUCUCGUUCCCAGGGAGAAUCUACCAGAACCUAAUUCACAAGAUCAACGCCAGAAGAGUAAGGGUGGUGGAAGCAGUUGCUGUUCGGCAUCGUGUUGCAUACUCUAAUGUAUUGCAAGAUAACAUUGUGAUGACUUUACCAGGGAUUGGUGCAUUGACAGUUUAGGACAGAAAUGCCUACGUACAUAGUCAGGCACCUCAAGUAUUACUAUUGACUUAAACAAGCAAAGCAGCUCCCCCUGACAGAAGAUAAAGAUCUUGUGAGAUUUCAUAUUGUUGUGAUAUUCAAGUAGCAUAACAGAAAAUUUUAAAAAUGAAGAAGAGAGUUUUUUUAGUGGGAGGAUAUGUGAUAGUGGAGACUGAUUGCCCAUUGCAGUGAAAUGUACAGUGAAAGAAAUUAAGUUUCUGUGUUACUUUAUUUUUGUAUUAAAAUUCUAAUAUUAAUCUUCUCAAUUCCUAUUCUUUUAUGUACCAUAAAUAUUAUGGUACAAUUUUACUCAUCAGAUGUAUGUUAUACAGAUUACCUAUGUUACAGGACUUAUAUGUAGAAGGAAUGUGAUUUUCUUUCAUUCUAAGAAGAAAAUUCUUUGCACUACAUAGUUUCCUACUCAUUGUUAGAAUAACUCAACAGAAACUGCUGGUAAUUGUACAGAGAGCAUCUUAUUACCAGCAAGUGACUUUGAGUGCCAGACAUUUACAUUUUAUCAUGUGCUGUUGAUGUGAAUAUGGAUACGAUACUGCUGAAUUUCUUCAUGAAUAUGACCGGUGUAGCGUAGCUUCUAAUAAGAAUCUGUAGCUGUCAGAAGAAUAAUGGCACACAAAUUCCUUAUGUUGAUUCCUGCUUUGUUUAACUACUGAUUUAAAUUUGUAUGAAAGGAUCAGUAUUUUAAUGGUAUUGGAAGAAAACUUUUCUCAUCAUUCCUAAAUGCAGAAGAUAUAUUUUCUGCUGUUAUUUUUGUUUUGCUUCCAGAGAAAUGACAUAAGUACCAUUUGUUAUACUAAGAUUUAUUUGUAUUUAGGAAAUUGUGUAGGAAAUAUCAUUACCCAUAAUGCAUGUUAACAUCCCAAAUCCUUCUUGUGGUUACUUGGGCGCAGAAGUGAGAAGCAAGAAUGUUACUCUGAUAAGCUAAAGAAAAAGAAGCAUACUGUGUAAUGAGGGGAGAAAGGAAGAAAAAAAUGUGUCCCACAAUUUCCAUUUGAAAUGCACUUCAAAUAAAUAUAUCGAACUUAUUGGAAAUAUUUAUGCAUUAACCUGUAUAUUAUAAAACAUGGUUAAUUAAGUGUGACAGUAAUUUUAUGUAGUUUAUACUUUUGUUGAAUGAAAAUACUUUUAAAAUGAAUAUAAAUUUCAGUACCUUUUGAAGGUAAUGCAACUAGUGGCCUAUGUUACAAAAAAGUUUGUUUAAAUCAUUGUUAACAUUAUCCGUCAUAAUUCACAUAGAUAUUCUGUUACAUGGAGAAUUGGUCCAUGAGGAUAUUUAAAAAAAAAAAGAAAC